AUGUUUGUCCUGGACGUUUUUUUCCCGCUCCUUCUCCUCCUCCUCCUCUCCAUCCUGUUGCCGGGCUACGGUUGCCGGGCGGUGGACAUUCCGGAGGACACUACCUCGGAGUUCUCGGUCAGACUGUACCACCAGCUGCAGGCGGUGGGGGGUCAGGACAACAUCAUCUUUUCUCCACUCAGCGUGGCUGUAGCCCUGGGCAUGGUGGAGCUGGGGGCCAGGGGGGCUUCUCUGGAGGAAAUACGACAGACCGUGGGCUUCAGUCACCUGCUGCCAGGUGUGGAGUUUUCUCUGCUGCAGAACCUCACAGCAGCUCUGACGGACGACGACGCCAACUACGUGGUCAGGUUGGCCAACAUCCUGUUCCUGCAGGAAGGAGUGACGUUCAACCCCGAGUUCCUGCAUCUGAUGAAGAAGUAUUUCCGAGCGGACGUGGAAACGGUGGAUUUCAGCGAGUCGGCGGCGGUGGCGGAGCAGAUCAACAGCUGGGUGGAGAACCACACAGAGAGUAAGAUCCGUGAGCUGCUGUCAGCGGAGGACUUCAACAGCAUGACCCGUCUGACCCUGGUCAACGCUGUGUACUUCAGGGGCUCAUGGAAGAACCAGUUCAGACCGGAGAACACCAGAACCUUCUCCUUCAGCAGAGACGACGGCUCUGAGGUCCAGACCCUGAUGAUGUACCAGCAGGGGGAGUUCUUCUACGGUGAGUUCAGCGAUGGUUCCCAGGAGGCAGGCGGGGUUUACCAGGUGUUGGAGAUGCCCUACGAGGGAGAGGACAUGUCCAUGAUGAUCGUUCUGCCCAGACAGGAAGUUCCACUGGCCACGCUGGAGCCUAUCAUCAAAGCUCCCCUGCUGGAGGAGUGGGCAAACAACGUCAAACGGCAGAAGGUGGAAGUCUACCUGCCGAGGUUCAAAGUGGAGCAGAGGAUUGACCUGAGGAGCACUCUGCAGGAGCUGGGGAUCAAGAACAUCUUCAGCCGCAACGCCGACCUCUCAGCCAUGACAGAUGGUAAAGACUUGUACGUUGAAAAGGCAGUGCAGAAGUCCUACCUGGAGGUGACAGAGGAGGGGGCAGAGGGGGCUGUGGGCUCAGGGAUGAUCGGUCUGACCCGGACCCUGGUCCUGUACCCCCAGGUCAUGGCAGACCACCCGUUCUUCUUUGUGAUCAGGAACAGAAGAACAGGGUCCAUCCUCUUCAUGGGCAGGGUCAUGACCCCAGAGGUCGUCGAGCCCAGUGACAGCGACCUCUACUCCAUCUGAAUGGUGUGAAGUCCCUUAGUCUCAGCCAAUCAGAUCCUGACGUUCUAGAAGCUACCUAUUCUCUAUCACCAUCUUCAGCUGUGUUUUAUACUCUAUAUAAAUAUAUAUAUAAAUAUAUAAAUAUAAAUAUGAGGUGCAUACGACCCACGGUAUAUAAUAUAUUGAACUGUUGACGUUUGACAUCAAAUGUGUUUGUGUUUUGAUACUGAAAGCUUUAAACUGUUGCUGACAGAAAAGGGAAGGUUGUAAAUACUCAGUACUGCAGUAGUAGACGUUGUACAUGAGCCAGAAGAACACGUGUCACCCACGCACACACACACACACACAGACGACGCACAGAACCACGUCCCGUCUCCUCGACUCCUACCAUCCAUUUCCUCUUCACGUCUGGGUCUAAUUGUUCCUCAGACACAGACGAGGUUCUUCAGCAGGUGGAAAAAUACGCCGUACUGCAAGUCACAGUCGGGUGUUGACGUCUCACCCACAGGGGUGAGGCGGGGGGCAGGGGGGUACAUACAGGGAGAAACAGGUCACACCAGCUGUAACCAGUCUUUACUCAAUAAAACCAUGAAUGUGUUCCC